CACUAUGUACCUCUCCGCGCCAUUCAAGCACCUUCCAUUCUUCUCACUGUUGCGAUAUUAUUUGGCAAUGCUCUUGUCGUCGCAUCCUACAAGAUUAACCGGCGACUGAGAACUCGAACAAACGCAUUUCUCGUUAGUUUAGCCGUGUCGGAUUUCCUGGUUGGAAGUAUAUCGAUGCCGAUGUGGAUCUACAACAUCAUCAUAGUAGAUAAUGGUUCCGUCCCUUUUAAAGCCGUUUACAAAACUUUCGAUGUCUUUUCAGCUCUGGCUUCCAUUUACCAUUUGACCGCCAUAAGUAUCGAACGUUACAUAGCCGUUUCUCGACCGUUUUAUUAUAAAAGUUUACCGUCCUUGUUUCAACGGGCAAUGAUAACAUCUGCAUGGCUUGUCGCCGGCCUACUGGCUUCUCUCUCGUCUUUUACCAUGCCAUCUGUUUUUAAAAUCCCUUGGAACAGUCGAGUAUAUGCCACUGUUAUGUUUAUCAUCGGUUUCGCAAUUCCGGCAGCCAUUAUGUUUUUUAUGUACGCGGGCGUUUUUUCAGUAGCGCGCUCUCUUCUUCAACGAAACCCGCACCACUCCCCAGGGGGUCGACAAAGCACAGGUAGCCCGAUGAGCCAAUACUAUCAGGGGGAGAGAAAAGUGGCUAUUACCGUGGCAUUCAUCACAGGUUUGUUCAUCGCUAACUGGGUGCCAUUUUUUACUGUAUCUAUCAUGGCUGCCUAUUGCUUUCACUGUCUUCCUUCGUCGCAGAAAACAUUCACUUGGCUUGUUGCUAUUGUUAAGGGUGUGCACUACCUGAACAGCGGUGUGAACCCACUAGUGUAUGCUCAGCGGGACAGUGAAAUAAGAAGAACAUUUCUCACUCUGUUAGGACUUAAGCGCGUCAAUCGUCGUUUGCGCGCCAAAAAAGAAAAGCCAUGGGGAAUUAAACAACUGACUGGACGCACGAUACAGUGUUAUCAUUUAGGUAGUUCUAGUGGUGUGCAAUAUCAUGUGAGUGGUUCAGUUAAUGAAAUGUUUACUAGAAUUCCUGAAAACCAUGUGGGUCAUUCUAGACCGAUGAUUUCUGAGUAAGCUGCACCCCAGGUCCAGAAGUCCUGUCCAAGCUAUUCCAUUAUUUUCCUAGGUAAGACAGUUUAAUUUUACCGUGCCCUCCAAGCCCAAGAGUAUAAAUGGGUAUUCGCAGGCUGCUUACUUGGCGAGAACUCAAGAAGGUCAGCCCUCAGUGGAAAAGCAUGCCGUUAGUUUAAUUGAUGAGCUCCGAUAACAUGGAUUUGGCUUGUUUACCAAUUGCAGUUAUUUUCAUCUUACUGUUUGAUAAGUAACAUGUAUUUGUUUGAUCUGAAACCUUCCGAUGAAUGAUGCUAGAACUUUGCAAGUAAGACUGUCGAGCUGCACGGACGAAGGCGAAAUACUGUCGAACGAAGACCUUCCUAUGCAUUUUUCAUUUUCACACAAUGUUUAUACAGUUUUAAAGGGAGGUCCGAGGUUUAAUUCUUUUUUCUGUGGUACCUGUUCUUAAAAUAUAAAAUUUGUUUUGUAUAUCCAGCUACACCUGCCAAUUUCACCGCUUGCUUUUUAAUUAUACCGUACUGACGAUUUCAACGAACUCCAGAAAAUGCUGUUAGUUGUAAUCAUCUGUGAUAACGUUGCAUAAGAAAACUUGUCUUCUUUAGUUUAAUAAUAAAUUUAAAGAAUAAAAUUAAGCUUCCCUCCAAAACAAAUACCCUUCCUGAUUUGAAGAUCUUUCAGCAUCUACCGAGAAAGAUGUCGAAAGAAAUUACAAUCUUUAUGUUUCGAUCAGAUUUCAGUUUGCGUUCGAGAGCAAGUUUUUUUUCUGCGUUUGACGGGAUUAUAUACAAGUUCUUUGCUCAUAAUCGUCACUGAAAUAGACUACGCGCCGUCUACAAUCGUUUGUAAUUUUCCGCACAAAUCGGCUUCGCAACGAGCAAUUCCGCAAUGUAAUUCAUCAAGGCUUGUACGGAGAAGUAUAUCUAUUUUUAACUUCUUAACAUUAGCUGCAGUUGGUUCAGCGUGUAACGGGUCUUGAAAAUGAAUGAGAUAUUGAAUCAUGGGGCUGGGGUGUUAUCAUAAGCCUCAAGACAUUUGCAUUGAGUAAAACUGAAAAACUUAUACUCAGGUUAGUGGUAAGCCAACUUUGAAAGUUUACAAAGACGUAACGGUACCGGGGCUUAGAACAUAACAUGCUGAUAUCAUAAUUGAAAACGCACCACCCUGAAGAAUCUGCUUUGCGUCAAUUAUUAUCUGGUGGGGGACACUCCAUUACCAGUCCUUCUCGUCGCGUGGACAUGAGCCCGCAGAUACCCAGGGAAGAUGAGCAGUAAAAAUACCUAACGUUAAGCGCUUGGAAAUUCGCUACUGCCCCCUACCGUCUUUGUAAAAUCUUAGCCACGCCCCUGCUAUAUAUAACUAUUGUGUUUCUGUGUUUCGAUUAAAAAAUCGGCUGAUUGAUUAAUUGAGAUUUAUUUGACAAUGAAAGGGAUGAGGUAUAAUGGCUCAGAGCCUCUCAAGUGGAGUCCUGUGACGUCUGACUUUCCUCUCCCCUCGAUAGUAUUGGCCCAUUAGGCUUCCCUUGCUUUGUCGACCUGCGGAGAGGUGAUGUGGAUUACGUUGAAGAAGGGAACGUGCCUCUGAGAAAACACCCACGUACAUACACAAUAUGAUGGCUGCAGGAAUUAAGAGGCCACCGACAAACAAUGAUGAUAUUGUAGAUCCACAUCGGUAUCGAUAUACUCCGACCAGGAAAUUCGACACGGCUAAGCUAACGAGAAACGCGUUCGCCUGUUGAUGUUGUGAGAUGCGACCACAAGAGAACUGCCAAAUAAUAUCACUGUGGCAAGAAGAAUGGAAGGUGCUAGAAUUGCUCGAUAAGGAAUUAACUCGGUUGUGUAAUUCUCCUGUUACAUUUCCUUGCAACCUGCUGGUAUUUCUUAGCAUGAAAGAUGCCAUUCUUCUAAGGGCCUUGGAAACUUCCCAACCCUAUUCGGAGUAGGAACUUAAUCCUUACACGAUCUGAAUCACUUUUUGAUUUAUAGUGAAGAAAUGUAAAAUGGUUUCCGUGUUUACAUCAGGCUAUGUAAACACGGAAACCAUUUUACAUUUCUUUUCCAAAAUAACUAAUGAAAGAGGAACGAAAACCGUGUUUACAUACGCUCAUGUAAAAUGGUUUUAUGGCCAAUCAGAGCGCGCGUACUAUUUGAAUUAUUUUAUAAAUAUAUUUUGUUGCACGCCCUUAUCUAUUCUGUGGUAUAAUCAAGCUCUUCCCACAAAGCAGAUAAUGUCUUAUAGUCUUAAACCUGUGUAAAUUUAUUUAUAAAGGCUUGCAGUUUUCUUGCGAUAUCUGCUCAACUAGCCGCGUAGAUUUUGAUGAAAAUGGGUAUAUGUCGAAGAAACGGGACCAUAUUUUUUGGCAACGGCUCUAAAUGAAAAUUACAUUUCCCUUCGUUGAAAUUUAAGUUUUUAACUAUAAUCUCGCUUUUUAUGAAAUCGUAGUGGUUUUCGUUCCAUGGGAAAAUGUCUCUUGCGUUCUUGAGGUUACUUUUAAUCGACGCAACUGAAUAAGUUUUCACGAACUUUUUGCAUUCGAAAGGUUAUCUUGAGGUCCCAUAAUAAUCAGCUGUAACAUACGGUACAUGUAUUUAUUUUCAUUUUUUAUGAAAUCUUCCAUCUAGUAAUCAAUUCAUCUUUUUUAUUAUAAAAUUUCUAGCCUCAGAGAUGCUUGUUUGUUUGUUUUUUUGAAUUAAACGACCAUCGUUACUUAAACGAUAAAAACAUGUUAAUAAUAGUAACACUAAUGAGCUUUGAAAACUCUGAAAAACCUGAGUGGCUAUAUAAAAAUCAACAUCAAAUAUUUCGUUUACCUUCUCCCACGCCGCCACACCUCAACCUCAUACAAUAAUGGGAACAUGUUAUUUAACAUGCGGUAUAAGUAUUCGAAUUUUAAUCAAAUGUUCGAUCAGGUAAUUAAUUCAUCACUUUGACAAUAAAGUUCCCAUCCUUCAAUGAUAACAUUGUUUUCCAAUUUUAAAAUUAUCCUUACGAUUGCGAAAGACUAUGCUAAGGUAACUGUGAGAAAUAUGUAAUUUGAGGCCGUGUAAAAUUCAUUAAAAAGAUUUCACUUGGGGAAUAUUUUUUACGUCAGUAUAGGCCGACGAUUCUAUUACUUGAAUCCAUCGGCAAAGCCACGUAGAUGUCUUCACAAAGAUGCAAUCAUCCAUAUCCUCAAUCGUAGUUUACCAAACUACAAAGUAGUUUCUACUGAUGCUUAUGUUAUAGUUUCUAAAGCCUUCUUAUAAACAUUCUGGUAUCUAGCUUGCAGCUUAAAAAAAUAUGAGCCGGAGUUCAAACCUUUUUGCAGUAUUUUAAAAGUAUUUGGAGUUUGAAGUGGGUCUAAGUUUCCAACACUUUUUUCAUUCAAUUUAGAAAAGACUGAAUACCAAGUCAAUAUUCUAAUUUCAAUUACGACGUUCGAAUUACAUAAGGAAUGACGACUUCUCCUUUAAGGCCUCAUAAUUCAUAGAAUAUUAUUAGGAGAGCCAAAAGAGAUUUGUGGACGUAAUCAUGAAUAGUUUGUCCACACCAGAUCGGCCUUUCGCUUUCCUUCUGUAGAGAGCAUGGGUCGUGUUAGAAUACUGUUCACAUAUAUAGUUCCUUUGAAGGGAGCAAAUAUAGCAUAUACACACCUUAGAUUUGUUUGAUUUGCUUGUUGUUCGUAGUUACUCACCGAUAUUUGCUUGCGGUAAGCAUUUAUUCUCUGUUGUUAGUUUGCGGUUAUCUAGCCUUCAUCUAUACUUCGUUAAGGUGUCGUUCUCUGUCUACAUGCCAGCAUGACUUUUUACGACUCAUUUUCAAUAAUUUUAUAAUAAAUCCACGCGUUUACACUCGCCAAAUUCUCGUUAUACGAAUUGGUGAUGAUGGUCCAAUGAUGACGAGUAUUUUUCCAUAAUUGGAGCGCACCUUUUUUUAGAUGCAUUUUAUUUUCUUCAAUUUUAUUAAAAAAACUUGAUAUUUCAGAGCUCAGGGUAACAUCAUCCUAAAAAUCAAUUCGAAUGAUCGCAGUUUCGAAGAUCGCGACUUUAUCAUUUCGUUUCUUCGAAUUUCAAGAUCAGAAAUUGCAAGCAUUUAACAAUGCUUUCAGGUUUCCAAAGCUGAUUAAUUAGCAACACAUACGAAUAAAUUUAUUUCACUUUCAGAGAGACGUAAAAUAAUACACUUGCGAUCUGGAAAAUGCUUCGUGAUGAAAUUUUUAUCAUGACGCUGAUAAAAAAAAAAUUGAUCUUAGGUUUAGAUAUACCUUUUUGAGAACAUCAUUCUCUUAGCUUGUGCUGCAAUGAUUACCAGAUACCUUCGUGAAACGCUGUCAUGUUUUAGGAAUAUUCCUUUUUUUUAAACGCAUUCUUGUAAUUGAGAAGAGUGAAAUCGCUAAACUUAUCAUCCAAUUGGUUGUUGUUGUUGAUUUAAGAUUUGACAACGAAGUUCGUUUGUUGGUUUUGGUAACUCAGAAAUUGCGAGCAAUUUCGAUCAAACUUUGCUUUAAUCACCAAACUAUUGUCAUCGUAAUAGAAAAAAAACCUUCGAACAAACAGGAGCGUUCUUUAAAAUGACAGUCUGAACAGCUCCACAGGAAUAGUUUUCUCAGAAUAGGGAUCGUCAACAGAAUAUUCCUCACAAUGUAAGUUUGCAAUUCUUCAUCAAUAGCUUAUUUGAUUCAAACGAAAUUAGUAGCAUACUAAAGUUACUUCAUUUUCACUAUCGACAUUGUCUUUCUUCGUGAAAUUUUAACUUGGCGAAUACUCAUCCUGUAUGAUUUUAUUUCUUCGAUUUUAACCCGACAUGAAUCAAACACGAGCAUCAAACUCUGCAUAAAAAUAAAUAUAUAUUUUCGUUUAUUCGAUGGCUCACAGAGUAUAGGUUUCGAGAAACUGCACAUAUUGAAAGGAACAGUAUGCAUAAGUUGGGCCCAUUUUUCCUAUUACAAUGUUAAGAAAUCACAUUUAAAAACUGAGCUUAAUUAAUUCCCCGUAUUUAAAGACUUCUAAAGAUUAUUCUCUACUUCCUAGUCUUCUCGAACGUUUCAAACAUCGUAGCGUAAGGCAUGUUUUGUUUUUCCUACCUAUUUCAUAUGCAUAUCAAGACCUGAAAAAUUCUUAUUUUUUAAUGCUUUUUCUCGGCUGAAUUUGCUUUAGAUGUUUUUGCAGGAAAAUAAUGGUAACGCGAUGAAAGUAUAUAUUUAUAAAAAAGAUAUCCUUGCACGAUUAAUUUUUCAGCAAAUUGUGGCCAAUCUUAUAACGCUAUGAUGUGAAAAAUUAUUCGAAAAAGUGCUAGAGUAAUUUUCAGAUGACAUGACAUGAAAAAUUUCCUUGCGAUAAAAAUCGAAUCUCAUAAGCUGUAGGAAAUUAGGUAAUUUAUGGGGAUAUAUAUUUCUCGCAUUUAGCAAUACCAUUUAAUUUUAAUAACCUAACUGACAAAAAUCAACUUUAAAAUUUGUUAUGAUUGUUUACUUAUUGCCAAGUUUGAAAGUUGGACAAAAGGAUGCUAUUUAACUUUUAUUGUUUCUACCGGAAUUUAAAAUUCACUUUACCCGAGUUGUCAAUUUAAUGAAUGCCUCGUCAACAUUCUAAAUUGCGAAAAACAUCACUGUGUGUCACAUCUAUAUAAUACUCUAACUUUUAUGUGCAAUAAAAAAUAUCUUAGCCUUAAUUAAUCUAAAAAAUUUCCAUAUUUCUUCCUAAAUCCCUGCUCUUAAUAAAUCUUCGAUGAGCUAGGCCAUGUCGAGCUUGAUAUAAAAUAAUUCCGACUUUUGAAAACAAUUACUAAACUUUAGUUUGACGGAAGGAAGUAGGAUCCAUUAAAGUCUGGUAAUAAAAGUGAACUAUGAUAUUUUUCAAGGAGUAGCUUUCUAAAGAAACUUAAGUGCUGCGUCUAUGCCGCCAGGUAUUAAAUCUGAGUUGAUAAUGUAAAUUGGCCGAGGUAAAGAGUUCCUGAAGCUAGCGUUUCGAGCGAAAGCCAUUCGUCGGAGUGAAGAUGUUUCUUCAGACAAUGUUUGACGUUAAUAUACUUGAAAAAAAAAUACGUGGGAGGAGUCCAAUCUAUGACUUUGUGAUUUGAAUUUAUAAUUUCCUGUUGUUGGUCUAACCAUGCAUCGUAUCAGGUUAUGUGAUUAUCAUCCCGAGAAGGAAAGUGUUCUAACUGAAAAAUAACGUUUACUUUUAUCAACAGUCCGGCACAAAAGUAUGCCAUGUUCACUUCCAUUAUUGCGCAAAAUUAUUCCAUCGAUCGCAGCAUGUCAUAGAAGCGCUCAGGCUGUGGAUGAUCUCCAUACCCUCAGCCUACGAUACUGUAGCUGAUAUGGCAUGGUUCUACUUCAGUAAAGUAGAUACGCCGCCGGAAAUUCCUUUUUCUGAAUAUGUUUUAGCCAUAAACAAUUUCUUUAAAAUAUUCAAGGUUGACAUGUCGCGCAAGAUAAUUGUAAUUAUGAACCCUAGUUUCUACAAUCGAAAUGUUGGGCUUAGCCGCAUUUGAGCCAACGAGAAAAAAGAAACAUAAAACAGAGUAAAACAAUAAAAAGGUCGGGUAAAUUUUUUUUGGAGAGCUUUGAUGCCAAGAGUGUCAUUAUAUGAUAAUGUUAUGCAAUAUGAGGGAUUAACGGAAGGUACAUUGUCAACUUUCACUCAAGAUCUGUCAAUAGCUGGCCAUGAAUGAAACACAAUGUCAUCAUAAACCGGUGAUGUUUUUUCUAGCUUUUGAAUAAAUGCAGUGCCUCUGCAAAAUAUUUCUUUAUAUCUAAGUUGAGAAUGAAGAUUGUUUUCAGUACUGUAUUUGCCUAUUGUUUUGUAAAGGGAAUGGCAUAAAAAAGCUUAUUCCUGAGGAGAAAAAGUUUCUUAUCAAUUAAUGCGUUUAAUGAAGUGGUGAUUGGAGAAGAAUGAAGGCUUUUCCCGAUAAUUUGCAUUUCUAAAGCCUUGCUAACAGCACGGACAGCUGUGUACUCAACCGAACGAGAAUUGAUUAAAACUAAGGCAAACCAUUUCCUUUGUAAAUGGAGUGUCUUCUCGAUUGUCCUCGGAUAAAACAAAGCAUGGGAACCAAUUUUGUAGAAGGGUGUUUAUCAUUACUUGAAAAGCGAAGACACCUUCGAGGACGUGAUAAACGGUGAAGUGAAAUUGAUCGUUCAGUUUCCCAGUCUUGUUGGCAUAAGGUUUGGAAUUGUUUUCAUAAGGUGACUAUUACUCCCGCUCUCUGAUCACUAAAUGUGUCCUUUUCAUUGUGGCAAUGUGAAAGAGAUCACUGAUGGGUUUCCAUCCUUUUUAGAGCAAACCCGACAAAUUUGUUCAGUUUUGUCGUUUGUUCUUUUCAGAUAACGGAACACUUAUUAGAAGAAUUGGUCUUUAUCAGCUUUUGAUUGAGAACAAGAAAUCAAGAGGUUACUUCUGCAACCCUAACAACGUCAAAGUCAACAUUAAAACUCCGGUUGUCGAUUUGUGGACUUUUGCAAAUGAAGAUCAGGAUGAAGAUUUUGCGAUUGUGAAGCAUAUUUCUUCAUAACUGGCAAUGUCUCGUAUUUAACAGAGUCUUUUUAGCUUAAUUAGACGAUGGUGGUUGAAAUUUCCUGGAGCUCAGCUCUUCAGAUACUGUUUUGCGUGUCUCUCAUGUUUGUGAUCAUAACUGGAAAUUCUUUUGUAGUGGCAUCGUAUUUUUCAAACUUUAGACUCCGCACCGGUACUUACACGUUUCUGGUGAGUUUGGCUAUCUCGGAUCUACUGGUGGGAUGUGUAUCUCUACCUCUGUGGAUAUACGUCAGUUUGACAGGCACAAAUUAUGGACCUCUGAAUACGUUUUUCAUCUCCUUCGACAUUUUAAGUGCAAUGGCUUCAAUCUUCCAUCUAACAACCGUUAGCCUGGAACGAUGGUUGGCCAUUUCGCGCCCCUUUGUUCACGAAGCACUCUCCACGACACAUUAUACGAUAGUCAUUUGCUGUAUUUGGAUGACAGCUUCCGUGAUAGCAGCAAUUCGACCUGCCUUGGAUAAAUCUUCGAGUGACUCGAACAAUAGUCCAUACAGAAUUUACACUCCGUUUUUGUUGUUCGUUGGUUAUGUUGGACCAGGAAUUCUUGUGAGCGUUGUCAACAUUUCCAUUUUUAAGGUGGCUCGGGCGCUGAUCUCCAAUCUUCCAACAAUGGCAAAUCAGGAAGAAAGCAACAAAAUACGCAAGAACUUAAAAAAACAACGCCGCACAGCCCUCACCCUUACAUUUGUGACUGCGCUUUUUCUCGUUUCUUGGUUGUCUUUCUUUACAGUGAGCACCAUUUCGGUGUUUUGCAGAGAGUGCUUUCCUUUCCAUAAACUCUCGGGUUUUCUUCUGUUUUCAAAAUGGCUCCAGUACAGUAACAGCGCCAUGAAUCCAUUAGUGUACGCCUUCCGCGAUUUAGAGCUGCGAAAAACGUUUGUAAGGCUUUUAAGCCGCUGCAGACGCCGAGUGACGAUACGUCAAGCGCUUCGAGUGGCUCCAGUGAAUAUGUCCUUGACUCAAAGAAGUACGAGAUUUCGGACUGAUCCAACGACAAUGUUUAACGAAACCCAGGUAUAA